AUGAGUACACCGUUCGAGAUCCUGCAGUAUAACACGCAUAAAUCAAAAGACGAGGUCAUGGCGACGUUUCUCCGUGACCCCGAGGUCCUCAAAGCAUCUGUCAUCGCGAUUCAAGAACCGUGGAAGAUCGAGUACGACGACACCACGCACCAACCCGCGAGACUGACCCACCAACUGCUUCAUCUGAAGGCCGUGGACGACGUACGAGCCCGUGUGGCGCUCUACGUCAACAAGAAAAUCGAUCCCGCCAUGUGGACGCACAGCACGGUAUCCCCAGAUUACCAGAUCCUGCACCUACGGCAUCUUCGUGGCGAGAUAUCCCAUUCUUUAUAUAUCCACAACAUCUACAACGACACCAAAUUACCGAUAUCCACGUUCGACCUGCUCCACCAAGAACUCACCAAGUUGGGACGAUCCCCAACCACGGAGCACCUCGUUCUCGGAGAUAUGAACGUCCACCAUCCCGCGUGGGGUGGCCCUGGCACCAAAAUCGACACCCAAGGCACCGAGUUGCUUGAAAUCGCGGACCGUCACGAUCUCGAGCUCGCCACGGAAGAAGGUAUCGUAACGUGGGAACGUGGCCAAUCCAAGUCUACGAUUAACCUUACCUUUCUCUCCGCAACCCUCUUCCACCGCCUCGUCCUGAUCGAGCGCGCCGACACUGUCCAACAUGACUCCGACCACUGGCCAACUCGGACGCGAAUUGAAAUCCAAACCCCCAUUAAAGAACCGCCAUCACGCCGCAAUUGGAAAGCGAUCAACAUGGAGAAGCUUACCAAGAGCCUUGAGAUCCUCGUGACCCCAGAUCUCGCGAAUGCUUUCAAAUCUCACAUUGAACUCACCACCAUCGCGUUUACUAGCGCCAUUCGACAUGCAAUUGAUUACUCCGUUCCCUGGGCGAAGCCGAGCGAAUGGAGCAACCCCGAUUUCACACCGGAAUGCAAAGAGGCGGUACGAACGUGCCGUCGUUUACGCCGCUUAUACUUCAAUACUCACAAUUCGUGGAACUGGCGCGCAUAUCUCCGUGCCCGGAACCAGAAGAAACGACUCGUGAGCAAGUCCUUGAGACUCGGCCAUCGCCGCCGCGUCCAAGAAGCCACCGAAAAGGGCCCACUAGGUCUCUGGAGGUUGGCGAAAUGGGCACGCUCACGUCGAGGCGCGUACGAAUCAGGGAUCACACCCACAUUGAAAGCACCCAACGGUGACACCGCGGAGACGGUGGAGGACAAGACCGCGCUGCUCAGCGAGGCCUUCUUUCCCCAGCUCCCUGAAUGCCAUAUCCCGUUGGAUAUGUUCGAUCAGUUUCCGCAGGUCAGCAAUCGCUUCGGUGCUCUCGCCGUGCGAGGAUGCGAAGAUUUGAAUAUUGCGUAUCGUGUUCACGAACGUUGGAUGGUUGACAUGCGUAUUGGGUGUUUUCUCAAUCCAUUGAAGGAUUGA